AUAUUUUUUUUCGCUCACAACUAUUUUAAUCAUACCAUAUAUAACUUAACCAUUUUUUUAAUUUAUAUUUCUUCAUUUUUUUUCCAAUAGUUAACACUAUUUUUUCUUAUUUGCAAUCAGACACCAUUUGUAUUUUCUUUGCUUUUUCAACUUUGCUUUCGUAAAUCGUGUGUCUCUUUAAAAAAACUUUAAAUAUCUAUUUAGGUAAUUAUCUAGGUUAUCAAUAAAAGUUUAGUCAAAAACACAAGGUUUUUAUAAUAUCUCAUGUCUUUGCAUGAUAUUUUUACGAAGCAAAGAAAAUGUUAUAUAAAGUCUACCUAAAAACAAUAUAUCCAUUAUUAAAUAUUGGUUGUGAAUAAUGGACUCUGUUUUACAUAUAAUCAAUCAAUUACAAGAUUUAACAGUAUCAAUUCAAGUGAAUACUUCUAAUAGCUUGAAAUUGGAUCUUCCUCAAAUCGUUGUCGUCGGGUCACAGUCUGUUGGAAAAUCCUCGAUUUUAGAGUGUCUCGUUGGAAAAAGUUUUUUGCCAAAGGGAACUGGAAUGGUAACAAGGCGACCUUUAAUACUUCAGUUAAAAAAUACUACAACUGUUUUAAAUGCAUACAAAAAAAAAAUAAUUACAGCCUGCGAUAUUCCAUAUUUGAAAUAUCUUAAAUUAAUUGAUGAAGACCGGCUUUUUCUUGAGCUGAAAGAGAAUCAAUUUUUUUUAUUAGAUGAGGCUUCUGUUAUAAAUUUUUCAAUGGAUAUAGCUCAAAAAGAAUGUGGGUGUUUUCUCCAUGAACCUGAUAAAAUCUAUGUUGACUUUGAUUUGAUUCGUGAAGAAAUUAUCUCUGAAACAGAGCGUUUGCUUGGAAGAACUAACAGCAUUAGCCCUAAACCGAUAUUGCUUAGAAUCUAUUCUCCUCGUAUUGCUGAUAUAACUCUCAUCGAUUUACCAGGUAUAAUUAAGAUUCCAUUAUUGCAUCAGCCAGGAGACAUCGAAGUUCAGAUAUUAAACUUGAUGAAGACUUACAUUAGUCACGAAAAUUCAUUCAUUCUAGCUAUAAGUGCUGCAAAUGUUGAUAUUGCAAAUUCAGACGCAUUGAAAUUGGCUCGUGAAGUAGAUCCAAGUGGAGAGCGAACAUUAGGCAUUAUAACAAAAUGUGAUUUAAUGGAUAAUCAAACAAAUGCAUUAGACAUAUUAUCUGGCGAGCGGUAUCCAUUGAAAAGAGGUUAUAUAGGGGUGGUAUGUCCAAGCGAACGAAGCAUGAUUAAAAAAGAUGGAAUUGCAUCUAUUAUUAAAGAAGAAAAAUUUUUUUUUUCUAAAAAUACUGCGUAUAGCUCGAUACAACAUCGUUGUGGAAUCGGGUUUUUAAUGGAAUCAUUAAAUAAAAUGUUUUUAACUCAUAUUGAAAAAAAAGUGCCGCAGCUUAAGAUUCAACUGUUAACACUUAUUAAUGACUUGGAGGCUCAAAAAAAAGAACUAGGAGAAGAGAUUUCAUCCGAUAAAUCAAAUGAUGGUUCUUUACUUUUACAAUAUCUUUACAAAUAUUCGUGUGAUUUUCAGAACUCUAUUGAUGGUACAAUAACCUAUAAUAUCACCCACUCAGAAUUAGUGGGAGGUGCUCGUUUGCGUUAUAUAUUUCAUGAGUGCUUUACUAAAAGUCUCUUUAAUUAUGACUCCCUUUGUCAACUAAAAGACGAUGAAAUUCGUACUGUUAUACGAAUUGCAGCAGGUCCGAAGUCACCGUUAUUCAUUCCCGAUGCCGCCUUUGAAAUACUUGUUCGAAAGCAGGUUGAACGAUUUAAAGCACCUGCAUUACAAUGCGCUGAUUAUGUUUAUGAGGAGUUGCGGCAUAUUAUCGCAACUUGUAGUGUUGCAACAAAGCAGCACUUUGAUCUUUUGCAUGCUCACAUUCUUAAGGUUGUCUACGAAUUACUUGAAAGACGGUUAGGACCAACAACAAACAUGAUAUCUACACUUAUAGAUAUGGAGUCUGCCUAUAUAAACACAAAUCACCCUGAUUUCUGUCGAGCUCAUGAAUGCAUCGUAAAACUUCAUACAUCGCCAACUAGCCUUGGUUUUAAUCCUUUACAUCCUGCAAUACCUCAUAUUAACAUAAAAGUAAAAGCAGUUCAAACACCCGGUGAAAAUGAUUUGGCGCUACAAACGUUAUGCGUGGAUAAAACAACUCAAAAUUUAUCUUUGGGUAGAAUACCUACACUGUUGCGUCUUCCUCCUUUAACGUCAGACGGAGAAAAAGCUGAAUUAGAUAAAAUGAAGCUGUUAAUACAAGCAUAUGUCAAUAUAGUAAAAAGAAAUAUAUGUGACUAUGUCCCUAAAACGAUUAUGCAUCUUAUGGUGAAUUCUAUAAAAAGCACCAUUUAUCGAGAAUUGAUAGCACAGCUUUACAAACCUGAGCUUUUUCAAUUUCUUUUAAAGGAAGAUUCUGCCAUUAGCUCAGCAAGAAAACAAUGUUGUGGGUCAUUGAAAAUGUUAUCUAGUGCCUUGGAACUAUUAACUGAAACAUUUACUAAGAGUAUUGAGAUUGAAUAAGUAAAAGCAUCCAAUUAAAUUGCUGUCUUGAGUCAAUGACUGCUGCAUCAACAUAAAAAGAUUACUAAAUGGUGAUGAUUUCACUAGCAUGAUCAAAGACAAAUUAACAACUGAAUUUUCUUGUUGCAUCAACUCUUUUUUUCAAUUUUGACAAGAAGAAUAAUUUGUUAAACUCAAAUUGGGUACAUGAUAUAAAGCAUUAUUUUUUAUUGUGUACUUUUAAAGUAAACAAAAAAUUUGCGCUGCUUGCACCAUAU